AUGGGUGCAAGCGUGGACUUCGGGCCCACCCCUGGAACUCCGCAUGCUAACAGCGAUGCGACUCCGCUGAACUCGAAGCCACUCCAUUUGAUCGAGACCGGCGAAUCACAGAGUCCCCGAAAUAAUCCAACCAAGAAUGUCGUUACGCCGCUCAGCACGACUGGGUGCUCUCCCAACUCUCCCAACUAUCAAGGCACCCUUGCAGAAUACGGUGCCCAAAACGACCAGAGUGCAGAACAGCGCCGUCGCAAAGCCUCGCAAGGCGUCUUCUACCCAAGCAACAGCCCCCAAAGUCCCAAAGAAGCAAAAGAAAGAGCCCCAAAUGUCAUACUGGUCUCCAGAGCCUCCGACCCUAGGGCUAUCGGCGCAAGGACCGGACGACAACCCCCCACCAACAACGUCACCAACAGGCAUCUUACACCUCCGCUCGACCGGCCUGUUGACCCUCAUCGAACAAACGCAACUCUCCUUACUCCACAUGGCUCAUCAGUCGUUGCAUAUCCUGGGAGAGUCGAGGAUGCCUCGCCCUCGAAGACAGGAUUACCUCGCCCGGCCGCCACAACAGGGACUUUGCUGGAAAAAGCAACUGCUCACUUGAUUGCGACGGACCCUCGCCUCAAGCCCGUGAUAGAGCGACAUCCCUGCCCACUUUUUUCUCCUGCGGGCUUAGCAGAGCAGAUUGAUCCAUUCAACAGCCUGGCUAGCAGCAUUAUCGGACAACAAGUCUCUGGCGCCGCGGCCAAAUCCAUUCGGAACAAGUUUCUGGCUUUGUUCAACUUAACAAGUGGAGAAGACGGUGCUUCAUUGCCACACUCACGAUUCCCAAUGCCUGAAGAUGUCGCUAGAUGUGAUAUUGCGACGCUGCGGACUGCGGGUCUGUCUCAGCGCAAAGCAGAGUAUAUACAAGGGCUGGCGGAGAAGUUUGCAAACGGAGAACUGAGUGCACAGAUGCUAGCACGUGCUAGCGAUGAGGAACUGGUCGAGAAGCUUAUAGCUGUUCGUGGACUAGGUAAAUGGUCCGUUGAGAUGUUUGCUUGCUUCGCUCUCAAGCGGAUUGAUGUUUUCUCCACUGGAGAUUUAGGUGUGCAACGAGGCUGCGCCGCUUUCGUAGGCAAAGAUGUGAGUAAACUCAAAGGAAAGGGCGGUGGUAAAUUCAAGUAUAUGCCCGAGAAAGAUAUGCUGGAAUUGGCCUCGAAAUUCGCGCCGUAUAGGACUCUUUUCAUGUGGUAUAUGUGGCGAAUUGAGGAUGUUGACAUAGCUGUUCUUUCUGGGUGA